UGCGCUUACCAUUUAGAGUGAGCUUAACAGAAACACCUAUUUUUGUUACAAAGUAAUUUUAUCCAAUUUUGAUAAGAGACUGUGGUUGUGAAUUAGUGUUACGACAGUGUAAUAUAUAUUCGUUAGCUUUUUGAUAGUUCAGUUUCCGUUUCUUCCACUCUUUUACAAUAAAGCAUUUUCUGGAUAAACAUGAAGCGGGUGUUACUGAUCAUUAAGACACUUUUGGUGAUUAUAAAGUGUGACAAUCUCCCGUAUGGCAUACCUUAUGAAGCUCCAAUUCUCACUAUGUACCCUUGUUUUGACUCGAGAGAUGUUCUCGUUUGGUAUGACCCUGGUUUACCACCGAAAGAAAGGAAUCAAUAUUACCUGUAUUUUUCAAAAGCAUAUCCUACAAACGUAUCUAUUAAAGUUAAGUUUAAUGCCGAUGUGAACGCCAUUAUGAAUUUUAGGACGGAAAAUAACACGUCCACAAGCUAUUCACUAAGAAAUGGUUCCCGAGUAACGCAUAAGUAUAGGACUUCUAACCCACAGCUAGUACAUUACGGCUAUAAAAUCAAAGGGACUGUUCCCGGAAGAGUUCCAUAUUUGACCAGUUUAAAAAUUAACAAUAUUGAAUUCUGCAACCAACCAAAUGUGGGGUUUCUUGAUGCAUAUGUCAGUAAUACCUUGGACGCUGAUACCCCACUAAAUUGUGGUAGACGCAAAGUUGAACACGUUGAAUUGAUAGUAAAUGGUGCCCAAACAAAACCCGGAGAUUGGCCCUGGCAUACGGCAAUAUACAAAUGGCAAUACUCUACCAUUAAAUACAUUUGCGGCGGAAGUCUUAUUUCUUCACAUUUUGUUUUAACAGCUGCUCACUGCGCUAGUGUGAGAGGAGUCCCAGUUUUGGCUGAAAUUCUUAGUGUGGUUCUUGGGAAAUACAAUUUGAUCGGAGGCGAUAUAGGAUCUGAAGAGAGAGAAGUACACAGAAUUAUUAUUCAUGAAAAAUUUCAAUUUCGUUAUUUACAUAACGACAUUGCUCUGUUGAAGCUGAAGACUGAGGUUGUUUUUACUGACUAUAUUCAACCAGCUUGUUUGUGGUAUAGCAAAGCUAGUGAAAAGUUACUAACCAAUGAAAUAUUAGGAACCGUUGUAGGCUGGGGAUUUGACAACACUGAUACAUUAUCACGUACAAUGAAACAAACACAGAUGCCCAUGGUGGAACAUAGUGUUUGCAUGUCAAGUAAUCCAAACUUCUAUACUUCCAUUCUGAACAAUCAGAAAUUCUGCGCGGGUUACCGCAAUCAUACGUCGGCCUGUAAUGGAGACAGUGGCAGUGCUUUCCAAGUCUUUGUUCCGGAUUCGGCACAACAAAAUGUAGACACGCGCCGUCCUGGUACUUGGCUCGUCAGAGGAAUAGUAUCUCUGACAGUGUCCCGUGAGGACGCCCCUAUAUGUGAUCCCGAUCAAUACGUGGUAUAUACAGACGUUGCCGAGUACCUCACUUGGAUUAAAAAUAAUUUGAAUGACGAUUAAACUUAUAUUGAUUAUGCAUGAGCCAAGAUUUGAUUGUCUACAAAAUUUAAAUUUUAAGGUUAGCUGGUAGAGAUCUCACCUACGCGUUAAGGCUUUAUUCUAUAUCCUACUUCAUUCUGCUAUUCU